GGCGUGCGUGCCGCCGUUGAUCCGGUGCUGCAGUGAGGAGGUGGUUCUCGCCCGUGGUGUGUGUGUGUGUGUGUGUGUGAGUGAGUGAGAGAGUGAGUGAGUGAGUGUGUGUGUGGGGGGGGACUCGGCUUGUUGUUGUCGGUGACUUCCCCCUCCCCUCCACCCCUCCCCCUCCCCCGCCGCCGCUGCAGUGGCCGCUCCCUGGGCCGUAGGAAAUGAGCGAUAACGAUGACAUCGAGGUGGAGAGCGACGAAGAGCAACCGAGGUUUCAAUCUGCGGCUGACAAACGGGCUCACCAUAAUGCACUGGAACGAAAACGUAGGGACCACAUCAAAGACAGCUUUCACAGUUUGCGGGACUCGGUCCCGUCACUCCAAGGAGAGAAGUUGUAUUUCCUCUUUAGGGAACCCUGUGCUCCUGUUCCUCGUGGUCAGAGUUUGAUGGGGAAAUGUCACACUUUCAUUUCAAACUACCAAGGGCACAAGAUAAAAGAAUACAAAGUUUGAAACAUUAUUUGUGUUGACCCUUAAACGAACGUCUGACUCCCAGCUUUAACUAAGCCCUUAACAGGGCAUGAUAGCUUUGCCUUCACCUAGUAAUCAAGAAAAUGGUCCUUUGGGCUGGGAAUGGCCACACACAGGAAGCCUUUGAAGGGCUCCAUGGCUGUGCUGGCUCUGACCCCAAAGCCUUCCAGCCUCCCGUGCUGGCAUCGAUGGUGAUUCCGUUUUAGAAUGAACUAGUUUAAUGCAGACCCGAGUUUAUUGUCCCUGCAGGUGCUUUAAUUGUUGUUUCCAGAAAAUGGCUUAUUCAGUUGAAGAUGUACACCAGCUUUGCCCUAGCCCUCCCUGUAGCUUACUAUGUGUAAAAGUUUGUGCAGGUUUCAGAAAAUAAUGGUUUUAUUUUCUUUAAGAUAACUAGUGCAAAAUAAGACAUGUCAGUUGGUGAGUCGGGCAGUAGUUCUUUUCUCAUUCCCCAGGAUAUGGCGUUUUUGUUCUUGGGGGAACAGGGCAGCUGUAGCAUCAGCCUGGUAGGAUUUGAUUUUGACAGGAGGAAAAAAAUGAUAAAUACAGCAAAGAUGACUGCUUCUGUAGUCAGCGUUAGGACCCGAGGGAACAGCAAUGGUGUUCCUAACAUGAACAACCCAGCACUACCCUUCCCUCCCUCACCUCUCCCCACCUGCUUUCUAAACAACUUGGAAUUUUACACAAACAGGAAGAUUUACAAAUCCAGAAAUGUGUGGGACUCUUGGCCUAUAUGAACCAUUUUGAGAACCGCUGCUUUAAGUGGGAUUUAAUAACCUUGGUUGUCAUCCUAAACAUCAGUGUUAACUACUUCAAAAAUCAUUUGGGACCUUUAAAAGGAACUAAUUAGAAUCAAACUCCUGGGUUUGGGGCCUCUCAUGAAACAUGUAGUUGUUUCUUGCUGCAGCACAGGAGGUGAGUACACUCUGUUCCCAAGCAGAGUUCUGCUCAAGUGGGUGCCUCUGGAGGCAGGGGUGGCCCUUUCCUCCAUCUCCUUGCUGCUCUGGGCAGAGAUGUAAACAGGCAACCGCGUACGAGCAGGAGAGGGGCCAGGAACCGCUGGGCCCCUCCGCCACACUGGGUCUUCUCGUGGGUCUUCUCCACUGUCCAUUUCAGGGUCCGCCCUGAGCUAAUGAGGCCAGAGCACUGUGGGGAGCCGGGGUUGCCCCUCUCCCAGGCCCAGGUUCAGUCAGUUCUUUCAAGCUAGCUUGCAUCUUCUGGCUUUUCCUCUGUAUUUGCUUCUUCUCUGCUAGGAGUCUCCUUGAGUUUCACCUGCCUUUAAAAGAACAGUCUUCCUUCAAUGCUAUUAUUGCAUGCUACUUUUUUUCCAUUUCUUACUUUUUCAACCUCAUUCUAAGAGCCUUUCUUUAUCUUUGCUUCAACUUCAGCUCACUCCUGUGCCCUUUACCUGUGUGAAGAUGAUUUACCUAAAAUCACUCCUUCAAGGAAACCACCCUCACUAGGCUCUUCACUGAUGUCCUUAUAGACAGAUUGAGUGACUCGUAGUCCUUUUCUUCCUCCUCAGACUCUCCAGAUUCCAUAGGUCUUCAUUCAUUGCACAGCCUCCUCUGUGGUCCCAGAACAAGGGUGUCUUGGAGUCCUGGGUUCAAAUCUAGACUCACUGUUACCCACUGGUUAUGUAACAUCAGGCAAGUUACAGCUCUGUGCCUCAGUGUCCUCAUUUAUAAAAUAGGGGACAUAACACAUCAGCAGGUUGUGUGCGGGUGCCUGGCAUUUAGUAAGUACUCAGCUGCUGCCAUUAGCAUCAUCAUUUGUAUUGCUGUGCGCAGCCGUGGCUCUGGAACGCAGUCUGGCAAGGGUGUCCAGUGUCCUUUUGCGUGGCUCCCAGAGGGAAAGAGAAGCCUGAAUUGCUGCUGUGCGUGAACUCAGGCUGCUACCCAGAAGGCCCAAUGCCUCUUCCGUCCCCUUGGCCCCAGGCCAUCCUGUGUCAGCACUGUAUCCAAACCAUUGAAGAGAUCUGUUUCUGCUUAGAAAGGCAGAAUGAGAAUUAGUGCCUUCUAAUUGUAAAAACUAACAGGAAAGAAGUUAUUCAGGUCCUUACUCAGUAUACCCAACGGCAACAGUUGAUCUGUGGACAUGUUGAUCUACCAAGUGUUAUCUGCUCAGGGACACUCACAUGAAGAUUGCUGACUCAGCCGACUGGGCACAGUUUAGAAAACAGAAACCAAAAGCCCAGGGCAACUCCAUAGUCCAGGCCAUAAAGCCCAGGGUUCUUGCUGGGUUCGUGUUUACUCUUCACAGUAUAAGCUCAUAAAGGCAAAAGGGCCUGCCCACACCUUAACCCUGCGGCUGGUCACAUGAUCUUGUGUUGUUUGUAAAGCUGGGAGAGGGGCUUUAAGAUAAGUCUAGCAUUGUCUACCUUCAACCUUUUGUUUUUUCUUCCCUGGACUAGAUGCAGAUAUAAAUUUGGGGAAAUUCUGUAUUUUGUACUUAAAAUUUUUUCUUGUGGGAUUUUACUUCUUGUUGAGUACCCUGGAGGGGGCAAAAUAAAGUUAAUUGAACCCAUGCUUUUGGACUUAAUAAGUGGGGGUCAGGGACACCCCCAAGUGGCCUGGGUGCUUCUGCUUAGGCAAGGUGGGAUGUGGAGGAAGGGCUGUGCUCUCGUUAGCAUUCUGGAGACCUCAUGCUGGGUUCAUUCCAUUCUGGCCUUCUGUGGAGACCUCUUGAUCCUAAGACACUUUUCUGAGCAUCUAUGAAUUUUAUCUUCAUCCGAAAACUGCCUUGAGGUGGAGAAGCUCAUGACAUCUUUCUCUUUGGUUUGCUGUGCUUAUUUCUCACUCUUCACUUCGUUUUUUCAUGUGUAAAUAUGUCAGAAAGAAACUGGUAGCGCUCAGGCUGCUAUUCAGUGUGGUCAUUUGUUAAAAAUUAUCUCUGAACAUUUGCAAGUGCUCUUUUGUUCAGAGAUUUUACUUUUUUCCCUGUAUCAGAUGCAAAUGAGGAGUUAAAUAAGGGUUAAUGUUGCUUUCCGGGAACAACAGUUAGUUGAAAAAAUAGGAAUAUUUAAAGAGAGACUGGGUUGUAAAUAUGCAUAGCAAUUAGAUCAGUGAUGGAGUACAUAGAGUUUGGAAGACUAGGUGGGGUCUGAGAGAAUUUCUCGUCAGAUAAGGAAUAGCCACAGAGAGAAGUACUGUGUCUGCAGUCACAGGGCCCAUUAACAGCAGGACCUAGGAGGCACCUGUCUCCUGGAUCCCUAAACUCUUCUGCCCAUCCUGCCACCCUGCCCCCUAGCUUACCAUACUUGUUUUUAAUCCCAUCUCUAGCAUCCAGAGAGGCAGGGCAUUCUAAUUAGUCCCUUCUAAAUAUGUGUCCCUUUUUUUUUUUUUUUUUUUUUCAUUUUAUCACCUAGUAAUUAACCCUAAUUAGUCCCCUUUGGCAGAAAUGGGAAACGGCUUCUGAAGUGGCCUUGUAACCAGAGUUGCAAGCCCCCGUUGGUAGGUGCUCUCAUUCCUUUCUACAUAACCUGACUUAACUAAAGAUAUAGACCUGGUCCUGUCCCCACCCGCAUGCCCUUGCCUGUGCUGUUCUCCCCGCCCAGAGCAACCCUUUCCCACACAUUCCACCUCAGUCUAACCCAGGGCUCACUGGUUCAGGUGGGAGCCUGUGUGUGCAGAGCCAGGGCAAAAGCCUGGCACUCAGAAGGCGAUCGCCCCAGCCCGGAGCCGUCUUUCCCGUGGCCUGUGUAAUCUGUGCUGCUCGGGUUACACUUGUUGGUGCUCCCUGUGAUUUGUCUGUAUGUAGAUACGUUUAUCGCCUCAACUAGAUAGGAAGUAAGCUUCUGGGCAAAAGAAGCCAUGACUAAUACAUUUUGUUUCCCCACAGUGUCUGCUUCAUGCCUUGCACGUAAUUCACACCAAAUAAAAAUGGUUGACUGUGAGCAAUUUCCUUUUGAGGAUUACCUUAGGGAUGCCAUAAGAGGAAAGCCUGGAGACUCUAGUACUUGUGAGGACUGGUGAAUAAACCCAGGCCUUCCAGACCUCUCUGAUACCCAGCCCUGCUGAAGUCUAUAAGUUGAUAUUGUCAGAAUUUACUACAAGUGGGUUCAGUUUCGCUCGCCUGAGUGUGGUUGUUUUCUCUGCCGUUUAAGAAGCUUUGCUCCAGCUCAGGAGCCUGGGUGGCAUGGCUGCCACACUCCGGCUACUAGACUACACUAGGAGCCUUGGGCAUCAGUUCUCUUGGCUUUGUACCAUUCUACCAGUUAGUUCAGCUGGUUGGCUGCCUGGCCAUGAGUAACUCUGGCCAUGUUUGCAACCUGGAGGGAAGCUUCCAGGCAGGUUUGACCUCCAAGGACAGAGUAACCUGACAUCCAUUUUAUGAGCUCAUUAACUUGUUCCUCUGACAGGGCAGUGCCUAGGCUACCCACAGCCAUGGUAAAGGUGUGGUUGCUUCCUCAAAUGGCCCAAUCUCAUGCCCUUCCGGUGUUGACAUCAAGCUCUGACAGCUUUCACAAAAGUCUCUUUAGCCAGAGAGGCUGAAAUAGUGACACAGCACAUGGCUCAGUUGGAACUAGUAAACAGCAGUCUGAAAGUGUGUCUGAAAUCUAGGACCUUGAUGAAAAACUUUGUACCCAUUCCUAUCCUGAGCCAACUCCAACUGAGAUCUUGAUCUUGUCGUUCUGGACCAGCUGCCUAUAGCCAGGCCCUAGCAGAGAGUGAAUGGCCUAAGCUCUCAGUUAAGAAGUAUUUUAAUAUUUUCCGAAUAGCCUGGCUGAAGGCAUGAAAGCAACCCAAAGAACCAAAGGGAAUGGGCAGGGUACAAGUUCAGGGGUGAGACGGGCCUGCGUUUGAAUCCAGGCUCUGCACUCUUUAGCUAGUGAUUUUGAAUAAACCAGUAAACUUCUCUGAGCCUUGGGUUCUUGGUGGAGCUACCCCUCUCAGAGAGCGCCAGUGUACAGCAGCUGGUGCCUUGACUGGCACAGAAAGGAUUCUCCAUAGCACUUAGGCUGCUUCCUCAUCCUUGUGCCCCUCACCCUCCUGCUUCCAUUCCCUCGUGCGGUCUUUGCUGAAAGGCAUGGUUUCUUCACUGCGUGGACUAGGUCUUUAUUUUGUCCCCUUUGCUUUUU